AUGUGGGACUUGAAAGAUAGACAGAGGAAACAACUGCUGUGCUUUCAGAGAGAGUUUGGGUCGUUAAGGCUGAACGAAAGCACGUGUAGCAAGUUAUCUUCUGUUUCUAACAGUGAUGACAGAGAAAAGGAGUACGUUCACAGGUUCGUAAGUCCUUCUCAUGACCUUAGGAUAAAGUCUCUAGAAAAGUCAAAACUGUUAGAUUAUCCAGGAACGAAGGAGAAAGUGACCUUGGAAUCUCUAAGUGUAGGUCAUGAACUUCCAACAGUAGAGCGCGAUGCCUACUUCGAUGAAAGUUACAAUAUUGUUCCUUUACCUAGAGGAGUGGCUGAGGAAGACAUUGCUACCCCUGUUAUUGGCAAUGAAUCUGGUAUGUGUAAAGCUGGCUUCACCAAAAAUGAUGCUCCCAGAGCCGUAUUACUCCCAAUUGUUGGAAGAACUAGACAUCAAAUAGUGACUGUGGGAAUGGAUGGAAAGGACAGUCAUGUGGAAGACGAUGCUCGAUCGAAACGUGUUAUCCUCACACCGAAGUACCGAAUUGAACAUGGUAUUGCGACUAAGUGGGGUGAUAUGGAGAAGAUGUGGUACCACACAUUCUACAAAGGGUUGCGAGUGGAAACAGAGAAACAUCUGGGGUUGUUGAGAGCAGUUUCAUUGAACCUGAAGGCAAACCGUGAGUUGACAAAGAUCAUGUUUGAGACUUUUAAUACACCAGGUACGUGUGCUGCUACUCAAACGGUGUUGUCGCUAUGUACAUUUGAUCGUACAACUGAUAUAGUGUUGGACUUAGGUGACGGUGUGACCCACACAGUUCCGAUUUAUGAAGAUUAUGCGUUGCCUUAUACUGUUUUGCGAUUGGACUUUGCUGGUAGAGUUCUUGCCGACUUUAGGAUGAAGAUCCUGACUAAGACAGGUUGCAGUUCCUCUGUCUAUUCGUGGAACAUACUCAGGCGCAAACCACCGGACAUCGUUUUACUCUAUAGUGAGUCUAGAAUGGCACCUAUAAAACAGGUAGCUGUGCCUAGACUGGAACUAACAGCGGCAGUAUUGAGUGCUAGAAUGGGGGGAGUUUUAAAUAAGAACCUUCCUCAUGUGUUUGACAAGACUCACUUCUGGACGGAUUCUAUGAUAGUACUGUACUAUAGAAAAAAUACAGAUAGUAGGUAUUCCACCUUCGUGGCUAAUCGUCUGGCCGCUAUUCGUCAUUUAACAUCUGUGGACCAGUGGGGGCACGUAGAAUCCAAUGAAAAUCCUGCUGACUGA